AUGGUUCGUGAAACUAAAGCGCAAGCAGAUAAAAAGGCGGCAGAUGUCGAACGGAAACGUGCAAAUCGAAAACAGGAACAUUUGAAUAGUGGCGGAGACAGUCAGGAACCUCAAAAAAAACGGACGGAAAUGAGUCAAGAAGAGCUUCGAGUGUACUGGGCUGACCAAAAGCGCAUCAAACGGGAGAAGCAGAGAAGUUUGCAAAGUUCUCAGCUCAGUGCGUGUUCACAAGAAACUCAAUUAUCAGAAGGAAGGAAGAAAAUUAAAGAUAUGAAUCCUGAAGAGCUUAGUAAUUACCGGCGUCAAAAUCGUGAAGCUUGUCGGAAGAAGGGAAGAACAUCAACAACCUCUGAUAUGGAACUCAGCCAACGCACUUCGACAUCCGAUUUCAAUUUUCAGCACAACAGCCAAUUCGACAUGGAAUCUCUUCAUUCAGAAAUGUCAGACGUGUUCGAUCAACCAACGAGCAGCAAUGCUGCAGCUCGAAUUGGAAGAAAACGGAUGAUGAGUCCACAAGAGUAG